CAUCUCCCCUCGUUUCCGAUUCAUUGGACAAUACAGAACCAUAAAAUCUCAUUGGAUUAGAUUAUAGAACUGCCAAAGAUUCGAUAUUUCCUCAUGGGUCUGAAUCCGAUUACAGAAACGAGUUCCUGCUUUCGAAUUCAAUCACAAUGGAGCAGAAACCAGCACCACGAAAGAUGAAAUUUGCUCCUAGAGCUCCUCCAAAACGCGUGCCAAAGCCGGAAGUUAAAAGUGAACCAGUUGAGACUGAUAAUAAUUCCCAAGCUGCUGACUUGCUUAGGAGAAUCAAUGAAGGUGCAUUGCGUAGGCCAAAAACCGAGAAGAAAGUCCCUGCUUCCCAAAUUGCUUGGAUGGGUGGAGUGGUAAAUUCGACGAGAUCUCACGGGUACCCGAAUGGUGAUGGCAGCAGCAGAGCUGGUGUUUAUGGCUCGGGUUCUACGCAGGAGAUAGAGUACGAAGAACCAUGGGAUUAUGACAGUUAUUAUCCAGUUACUCUUCCAAUCAGACCGCCUUACUCGGGAAAUCCAGAGACUCUCGACGAGGAGGAAUUUGCGCCGGCUUCACAAGCUGCAACCCACCAUGAAAAUUCAAUCAAUGCAGCAGCCGAGCUCGGUUUGAUGGCUCGUGACGAGACAGUAGAGGAACCGAAAAUGCUCUUUAUGCAAUUGCCGACCGCCCCUAUGUUCAAACAACUGUCGACAUCAGAACAGAAUGAAAACAAGCCGGAUAUGGAAGCAGGCGCCAAGGAAAAAGCAUGUGGUCUGAAAGAGUUGCCGAAAGGAUUCAUGGGUAAAAUGAUCGUGUAUAAAAGCGGCGCUGUCAAGUUGAAACUCGGGGACGUGCUCUACGAUGUAAACCCGGGCUUGAAAUGCGAGUUUGCACAGGAUGUUAUGGCCAUCAAUUCAGCAGAAAAGCAGUGUUGCCUAAUCGAGAAGGUGCACAAGCAUGCGGUUUUGACACCGGAUAUAGACUAUAUGUUGAAUAACCUCGAUGGUAUAUGAUAUAUGUUUUCCGGUACCCAUAAAUUGAUUAUUUCUCAGAGAAAACGAAGAUUUUGAUAUGAUCAUUUUUUUUGCAACCAAGAAAAUAAGGAAAGCAAGGAUUCGUUGCUUUUUUUUUUA